AUGAUCGACAAGAAGCUGGAUGGUGCUUGCGAGGCAUUUCAAACUUGGCAAUUAAUCCGCUUUGGGCCAUUCGGGAGACAACAUCAUGGAAUGCUUCACCUGGCCGGAGAGAGACAAGCCGACCUGGAACUACAUGAGCCAGCCACCCUCAAGAAGUUUACAUGUUUUGAGCCCUUCAAGCUAAUCCUUCUCUUCAUCGGCGCCAUUGCUGCUGCGAUAGAGGGCAAAUAUGCUACAAUGAUGGUUGCCAAGAUUGUUGUUAAGAAUCAGACGAUCUGUAAUUCGGAUCUAAUUCAAAGGUUGUUGUCACACUUAAGUUUUCAAACUUGA